AUGCGCGCCGUCCUCGUCACCAUCCUCGCCCUCGUCGCCGCCUCCGUCGCCCAGGCUCCCGCCAACCCCUAUACCGGCCCCUGCACCGACGAGGCCUGCGGCGUCGAGAGCGAAAACUGCGACGCCCAAGGCCGGCAAUGCUUCCCUUUCCCCAACAUCGCCCCGGCGCUUCGCGAGGGCUGCGUCUGCGGUUCCGGCUGA